CGACAUCAGAGAAUACAGAAUAGCCUUCACUUGCAUUCAACCAAAACUGACGCUUUUGUUAUUCUUCGAGUCUCUGAGAGAGAUGUGUGGAGGCGCUAUCAUCUCUGACUUCAUUCUCCUUUUUGAGACUUCUAAUAUCCUCAGGGUUUUUUGGGAGAAUUGGCUAAAAAAUGGGUCUACCACAGCGAAAUCUGUGGCAUUCCAAGUUCGAGCUGAGAAAUUUGCAAAUAGGAAGAGGAAAAAUCAGUAUAGGGGAAUCCGUCAACGCCCUUGGGGAAAAUGGGCAGCUGAGAUUCGGGAUCCUAGAAAGGGGGUUCGUGUCUGGCUUGGAACCUUCAACACUGCUGAAGAAGCUGCAAGAGCUUAUGAUGCUGAAGCACGGAGGAUUCGUGGCAAGAAAGCCAAGGUGAAUUUUCCUGAGGAGGCACCAGGUACUUCUGUAAAACGUUCCAAGGUAAAUCCACAGGAAAAUCUGAGUCACAAGUUCGGUGCUGGCAACAAUCACAUGGAUCUGGUGGAACAGAAACCCCUAGUUAAUCAGUAUGCUAACAUGGCUUCCUUCCCUGGAAGUGGAAAUGGGCUCACAUCCCUUCCGUCAUCUGAUGAUGUCACCCUUUACUUCAGUUCAGAUCAGGGGAGUAAUUCAUUUGGGUGGAGUGAACAGGGCCCCAAAACUCCUGAGAUCUCAUCCAUGCUUUCUGCUCCUUUGGAUUGUGAAUCUCAUUUUGUGCAAAAUGCCAACCAGCAGCCUAACUCUCAGAAUGUGGUAUCUAUGGAAGAUGAUUCUGCAAAGAGACUCUCUGAGGAGCGUGUGGAUAUCGAAUCUGAGUUGAAGUUCUUUCAGAUGGCUUAUCUUGAAGGGAGCUGGGGCGAUACUUCGUUGGAAUCCUUGCUAUCUGGUGACACAACUCAGGAUGGUGGAAACCUCAUGAACCUUUGGAGCUUUGAUGACAUUCCUUCCAUGUCUAGCGGAGUUUUCUGAACAGCUUUUUCUUUGGUCUUCCUGUGUAUAAAUAAAGCUACAAAUUAUUUUUCAUUUUCCUUCUGGGUUCAUUAAUUUUGUUUUUGGUUUUUGUUGCAUUUAUUGCUCUCUUGUUGGACACAUCUCCAUGUGUCUGAAAAAAAAAGAAUGUUAUUUCCAUUUCUGUUGCCUUCUGGAAUGGUUGUCAUCUGUGUUGAAGAUGGAGUUAAAACAAUUUAUUUAGGUGCUCUUUGCCUUGUCAAAGACCUUAGUUUUGGGGAAUCUCGAUUGAUGUUCGAGGGUGAUUAUAUA